AUGCACAUGGGUAGGGCAGGCUAAAUGACUUGGUUCUAAACUGUCUUUAUUACAUUUUCUAUAAGGGAUUUGAAUUUGAUACAAAUUAUUAUGCAUCACUAACUAACUAAAGAAUCAUAGCUGCGGGAAAAGGGGUGCCGAAGGUGGUGCUGCACCCCCUGAUAAAUAAAUAAAAACCACAAAAUUAGUGAACUAGUCUUUAUUACUCCUGUAUUAGUGUAUACUCCUCAGGUGUGUGUUAAAUAAACUGCUGAAACAGUAUUAGCUAAAAAGUACUUGCUAAUGACUUGUGAUAUUUGUACCCUCAGGAGAGGAUGUGCCUGACCCAGAGGAGGAGGAGAAGAGGCUUGCGGCAGCAACCCGGGAAGCCAACCGUCUAUCUGAGCUGCGGCUGGUGCUGUUGGGCUGGAGGUGGCCUGGGAAGAGCCUCACAGGCAACACCAUCCUGGGCCGCGAGGAGUUCCGCCUAGAGCGGGCAGCCGAGUUCUGCGUCAAGCGUCAGACUGAGGUGGAGGGGCGCCAGGUGACAGUGAUAGAUACGCCGGGCUGGUUCUCGGCCCAGACCACGCCGCCCCUCUAUCAGCAGGAGAUGGUACGGGGAGCCUCCAUGUGUGGGCCCCCUGGCCCCCACGCCUUCCUACUGGUCAUCCCCGUGGGCAUGUUUACCGAGGUGGACCGGGCCCGCAUCGAGGAGCACCUGGCCCUGUUUGGGGAGCGUGUGUGGAGGCAUACUAUCCUAGUGUUCACUUGGGCUGAGGUGCUGAGGAACAUGUCCAUCGAGAGACACAUCAAGCGGGAGGGGAAGGAUCUGCAGUGGGUGCUGGAAAAGUGCAAGAGGAGGUACUUUGUCAUCAAUAACUGCAUAUUUGGGGAGCACCCCCAACUGAGGCGGCUCAUGGAGAAGAUAGAGAAGGUGGUAGCGGAGGAGGGCAUCUAUAACCCAGAGGAGGUGGAGGAGAAGGAGAAGAAACAUUUGGACCAAAACCAAACCCAGAACCGGCAGCUUGGGGCAAGGCCCAAAGUGAACUCUGCCGUAGGAUCGGCCAAACUGGACGUGGACCCACCACACAGUGAGUGGCAGCUUUACUGACAACUCAGACAUAGUCUGGUACCAGGAAACAGCAGUCUCAUAGGCUAAAGCUCAGACUGGGUGAAAUGUAUAAUCUUUGCUCUUCACUCCAAAACAUGUGAACUUGCAUUACAGUUGUAUUAUUCCACUUACGGUAACUGUAUUUGAAUUACUCAUGUAGUAGUCAUGUACCAAAUAGUGUGGAAUUAGUUUCACUACCUCGCCCCUCAACCCCUUUUAAAAUUUCUUCCUUCAGUUUCUAAUUUUUUCUAUGCUAACCAUAACUAUUCUCUCCUGUCUGCUUGCGUGGGAUCAGAAAAUAAUCCAUGAGGAUUGUCCAGGACACGGCAAUAUUCCUCUCCAGUAAUAUCAAUACUGCCAUUAACUAGCCUAGAUAGUUUCAAAAAGACAUGACAAUGAUGGUUAUUCCAAUUAUAUUACAUAUAGAUAUGUACUAAUCCAUAUAUGUUAUGUGUCCAUUUUCAGAUUCAGUGGAUGGACUGACUGACUAAAGGAGAGAUGGUGACCCACCACAGUACUCAUUUAAGAGCUGCUGGAUCUACAGCCAUACAUCACCCCAACCUCAAGGCCUGUAUUCAUAAAUUGAUCUAUAAUCAGUUUGCCUUUUAGAUCAUAAGGAAUGAGACCGAUGAGGGGGACCCUAAUCCUAGAUCAGCACUCCUAC